ACAGCCAUUUUGAGUUGUUUGUUCAGUUAGAGGCGAGGGUUUGUUGUUUGCCACAUAGGGAUUAAGGCUCGAAGAUUCGAAGAAGCGCUCGAGAGACAUUUUAAAACCACUAUUUUGUAAUCAUGGGUCCACCGCGAAGCAAAUAUAGUCGUUUAUUAUCCGAAAGAAGGGAGCGUUUCAAUUGGUUUGUCAAUUUAUCUUGACAUGGCAUGGGUGGUUUGGAUGGUUGGUUGUGACGACUGAGGAAAAACUCGAAAACAACGCGACAGAGAGAGAGAGAGAGAGAGAAAGAAAGAAACAAGCUGGGCAGCAAUUAAUGUUAAGCUUUCGCACAGGAGAGUAGUUAUUUAGGAACAGAACGUAAGGUUGUAGUUCCUGGUUGAAGUAAUUACAAUAGUUGGUGCAUUCGCAAAAUGACAAUGCCGUAAUGGCCAACACGCGGGAUGAACUAAACUAGCCACGCAUUUCCCUGACAUUUGCUGGCGUAGCUAGCGAAAUAGCUAGCUAGUGAAGUACAGAUCAGCUAAAGAACAGGCAGAAAAUGUAACAGUUUGGUAGUAAGAUAACCGAUUACAAUUUAUUUGAAAUGUAGCUAAUGUUAAGCGAACUCGGCUGUUGUUGGCGAAGCGUGCAAGCAGCUCAGUUAGCUAGCUAACCUAGUUAAGUUAGCUGGCUACGUUAGCUGGACAGGCACAAGGAGCCUAAGAAUGAUGACAUACAGCAGUGGCACUACAACAGUCCGUGGGUCAAUUUCCUGGUCAUAAACCCAAGAUGUCGAGUAGUCUCCGUGUUAUUGUAUCUGGUGCCAACGCCUCCAGGCGUCUACAUUUCUCUGCCAUGAUCGCCUUUAUCUCCGUCUUUCAGUUGUGUGUUGCUGAGACAGUUUAAUGCAUCGAUAUGUAUACAAACAAGUCGUGUCGUGUAAGAGAGUCCAAAGUCCGCAGAAGUCAGGUCUUCUAAGAUUUUUCUUUGCCUUUUCUUUUAAACUCGCUUCAGGUAGCAGACUCCAAUUUCAGCCAGAGAGCUACUUUUCCAUUAAAAAAAGUUUCCGGCAUGGAUUGCGUCACGGAGGUCAUUUGUUUUACAAUAACAUUUAUAAAAUGCAUAGUUCAUAUUUGUUGAGCGCAGAUUUGCAGUAGUGAAUUUUGUUUUGUGACAUUGAUAUGUGCUUGAUCGUUCAUUGCUUAAACAUGGUAUGGUUCAGACAGAAUACAAAUUAAGCCCCAUGUGCACUACCCAUAUUGAUCUGAAAAUGGCUUGAUUGCUGUUUGGUAGACUUAUUUCUUAAUUAGUUAGUGUAUUUUACAGGGAGUGCCGGAUUUUUUUUUACCUAUUGAAACGUAAUUUACACAACGUGGCCUGUUCUUGGAGGCUUUGAAAGAAAGCGAGUAAAGAAAGUAAUUGCUAUAUAACAAUGGGAGACCCAACCUCUCGACGAAAUCAAACGAGAAACCGACUCCGUGCCCAGCUACGGAAGAAAAGGGAAUCUUUGGCUGAUCAGUUUGACUUCAAAAUCUACAUUGCCUUCGUGUUUAAGGAAAAGAAAAAGAAGUCUGCCCUUUUUGAGGUAGCUGAGGUGGUACCUGUCAUGACCAACAACUAUGAAGAAAAUAUCCUCAAAGGAGUGAAGGAUUCAAGCUACUCCUUAGAAAGUUCUUUGGAACUUCUUCAAAAGGAUGUUGUGCAGUUGCAUGCCCCUCGCUAUCAUUCAAUGCGCAGGGAUGUAAUAGGUUGCACCCAGGAGAUGGAUUUCAUCCUAUGGCCCCGCAACGAUAUUGAGAAGAUAGUCUGUCUUCUUUUCUCCAGAUGGAAGGGAGCUGACCAUGAACCAUUUAGGCCUGUUCAGGCCAAGUUUGAAUUUCACCAUGGAGACUAUGAGAAACAAUUUUUGCAUGCUGCUGGCCGUAAGGACAAGGCUGGAAUGGUUAUGAACAACCCAAAUCAGUCUGUGUUUCUUUUCUUGGACAGACAGCAAUUGCAGACUCCAAAAAACAAGGCCACAGUUUUCAAAUUGUGCAGCCUCUGCCUCUACCUGCCACAGGAUCAGUUGACCUGCUGGGGGGUUGGAGAUAUUGAAGACCACCUUCGUCCAUACAUGCCAGACUAGGAGAGAGAUGGAAGACUCCUCUGCAGCAAGUCGACCCUAUACACAUCCCUCCAGUUAAAUAGAAUUGAACUUGUGCUUGGAACUCUCCUUUUUGUUAACCACUCAUUUUCAUUCUGAGGUUAAUUUAGUCCUUUUUUGGUCCUUCGUACCAGCCCAUUUUGGUUUGGUUCACCCAUUUGCCCUUUCCUUUAGCUGUCUGAUUUUAUUUUAAAUUGCAUGAACAUUGUUUUUGAGUGGUUGUCCUCAUGGAGCAGCACUGUCAACACCACCAGUCACAGAAGGAACUCUAUAUGGGGGGGUGGGAGACCAAAGCAAGCAAACCAUUGUUCCUUAAAUGUGGUUCCUUAAACCAGUUCUGAUAUCAGUCUCAUAAGUGGAUAGCUAACUUGGCUCUUAUUUUAGAGGAGAAGAUAUUUUUAAGAAUGACAAUCAGUGAAAGAGGAUUACAUGGCCUGAAUAGUCAGUGAAAAGGCUAGGCAAACAUUACUUCGAAUUUAUUUGGUGUAGAAAUUGCUUCUCAUUUUCAACUGCCUUAGUUUUGCUGGACAUUGUGUGUCAUUCCUUGCCUGUAAGUUGUCUUAACAGUUUUAUCUGAGGAUAUGGACAAUUUUAAUAGUCUGGAGUCAGUUUUUUGGUGGGUUGGUUUUCUGAAAGUCAAUGUUACCAAUCAAGCAAUUCAUGCUACUGCUAUCUGAUUUUGUCUUUGGUGGUGGAUAUUCAGUGGGAAAUCACUGCUUAAGUUCAUGUAACAAAAUUAUUGUGGAAAAACAAACAUCAUUAAACUGUUUGAUUUUUUUUUGACAAAGA